GACUGGCCUGCAUCAAAAUAAGCUUCACCAUACGGUGGCUUUUUGACGAGAGAUUACCGUUGCAUAUCACAACUCCAUUCCAUUUGAUACGUGGCGAAAAAAUGUCUGUACAUCCAGAAACCUCCCAUGACAGGAAGGCCUCAGCAAAGUCGAAGUCCUCACAUCAUCGACGAGGAUCAACAGCCUCCUCGCUGUCGGGGAUCUUUCAUAAUCGAAAAUCGUUGGAGAGAACCCAUUUCACGAACGAAAUUGGGGACUAUGAGCUCAUCAGCGACAUCGGCGGGGUGGAUGAUAUCUCGUACUUGUACCAAGCCAGACACAUUCCGACCGGAGAUCCUGUGGCCUUGAAAUACACAGAUCUGACGAUAUCCCCCGAUUAUGAGCUGAUAGAGGAGUUGAUAAGAACGGUGAAGAACACGAACCAAUGCCAUCAUCGCAACAUCCUUCCCUACUGGACCACGUUCGUCGAGAACGAGCGCAUGUGGAAUGUGACAUGUCCGAUGCAAGCAGGAUCCUUCCGCAACAUCAUGCGCAAUCACUUCCAGGAAGGGUUCAGUGAACCGGUAGUAGCCACCAUCCUGCGCGAACUGCUCAAAGCCAUUGUAUAUAUGCACGACAACAUGCUGAUUCACAAUGACAUCCGCGCCGACAAUAUCCUCCUCGUGGAACACGGCGAGAUCAAGAUCACAGGUCUGCGUCAGAUGAUCUCGUUAUCGGAAGGCGGGCAGUACCUCGAGUCUGUGUUUUCUAUUGUCGGGGAUAACAUCGAGUGGGCCGCGCCGGAAGUGAUGGCUCAGAACUCGGUAUAUGACGAGAAGGCAGACAUCUACAGCAUCGGCAUUACUGCGCUGGAACUUGCGUUCAACCGGACCCCGUUCGACGAUUGGCCGCCACUGAAAGUCCUGCUAAGCAAACUCGAGUACCCAUGCCCGUUGAUCCCCACCAAGAAAGCGAUGAGCAAAGAGUUCUACGAUAUGGUCUAUGCGUGUCUGCAUAAAGACCCCAAGCGGAGACCCUCAGCGUGCGAACUAGCCGACAACGCGUUCUUCAAGCAGGCCAAGAGCACGAAGUUCCUCGAGGCUCAGGUUUUGCAGAAGUUGGAGAGCAAACCUCGGACAGGUCCUGCGGUAUCGCCGGAACAAGGGCCAAGUCCGCCGCUGCCAGUAGAGGAUACCACGCCAUCAAACCAUAGAUUGGAUGUCGAGGAGCCUCUUGAUGAGGAACCUGAUGAAUAGAUGGCGAUAAUUCCUAGUAUGCUUUGCGACAACGUGGCGCGAGUCCGGACCUAAUUCCGACGAAAGUAUGCGAUGUAGAGAACAUGAAGGAAGGAUGUCAUUUAAUUGUGUAGAUCAACACACGACAUGAAACGAACCCCAUUUAGGGACCAACAAGGCUAGAAACGU